AUGAUUGCUGUUCUGGAUGCAAACAACAUUAUUCAAAGAGAAAUUCCAACGCAGGGAAGCGAUAAAAUAUAUACGACACAUUCAGUUAUAGAGGAAAUUAAGGAUAAAGGAUCGCGGGAGUAUUUAGAGUCGCAUCUGUUUCGCAUGUCAGUGAGAAAUCCGCAAGACGAGUAUGUACAACAGGUGAACAGAGUAGUAAAAGCAUUACUCUUGUAUCUAAGUAACACUGAUGUAGAUGUUGUUGCUUUGACACUCGAGCUCACUGAGGAGCUUAAUGAAGAAUGGAUCGGGCUUGAUAAUAUUAGUUCUGAUAAAGCAGUAAAAUGUCUUUCUAAAGACAACGGAGUUCAGAAUGCAUUAAACAAGCUUGGACUGCUGAACGACGCAAUGUAUUUGGAGAAGAAGCUCAAGCUAAGAUGCUAUGCUUGUUCAGAAAUGUAUGAUUCCCACGUAGAUUUUUGUAAAAUUUGUGGAUACAACACUAUCACAAGAGUAACUGUGGUUGACACUGAGGAUGGCGAAAAGGUGUUGUUGAAGAAGAAUUACAUGCCCAGACAGAAGGUGUUAAAGGGGCCUGGCGGUGUGGAAAUAUUGUCUGCAGAUCAAAAAGAAUACCUAAAGUUGAUAAAGCAGAGAGAAAAAGCCCUUAAAUUUCAGAGCAAAUUUGACUUUUAUGAACAGUAA